AUGGCGAAUUCUUAAGAAAUAAAAACAAUUUAACACAACUAUCUAUCAUAAGAUAUCUAAUCUAUUGAAACUCCACUUCUGCAAACUGAAAUUGAGUAGAAGAGUUCAAAACAUUAUUAUUUAGCAAAUUGCUUUGCACUUUCAAGCGCAUUUGGAUUUGCUAUUCAUAAUUACUUUGUAGCAUAUGGAAUAAGAAUGAGAAAUAACUCUAGCUCAAUAACUUAUGCAGAAUUUCUAAGUUUAAUGGCAGCCCCAAUAUAUUUAUAAAUAUUCCUUGGAGGAAGGAGUCUUAAAAAUAAUGGCAAACUCUGGAUUAAAGAAGAAUCUCAACUUUACGAUAAAAAAACUUUGAUUUUUAAGUAGAUAUGCUUAUUUUGUGUAAUCGCUCGUGGUUUCAUAUCUGUUUUCAUGAACACUAAUGUUGGUUUAAUGGCUUAUUAUUCAAUAAAAGCUGACGUAAGUCCAAGUGUCAUAAUUUCCAUAUGCAGCUCAUCAUCAUUCACUGUAGCCAUAGUAUUUUAUUUUUUAUACAAUGAAAAACUUCGCAUUAAGCAUUUAAUUGGAAUGAUUUUGAUAGUUAUAUGUGUCUUUUUGAUUGCUAUUUCUAAGAGUUUCACAUUUUCAGCACCUUUAAUCGAUGACCCACUUUCAACAUUUGUACCUAUUUUAUUUGCAUUAUUGUAAGUCACUGCAAUGACUAUAUCAUCUGUGAUCAUUAGAAAAUCUCAAGAGAAUGGCUAUGAUGUGAUUAGAUUCUGCAUUGAUUAAUAAAUAGUUACAGGAGGUCUCUUUUUACUUUUAUUUUUGCACUCUCACUAUACAUUCUUAGAAUACACUUGGACUUAGCUGUGGUUUAUGUAGAUAGCUGCAAUUGCUUUUACUACAUCAGCAAUAGCACUGAAUUAUUCAAUCAAAUACGGUAUUGGAGGUAUUGCAGUUGCUCUUAGUUAAUUAUAAAAUGUAUUUUAGCUCAUUCUAGAAAUGCUUAUAGAAGGAAGAAUACCGAAUUACUUUGAAAUUUCAGCAAUAAUCUGUGCUCUUACUGGGUCUUUGAUUAUAGCUCUUGGUAAAAAAUGA